UGACAAUUGAUGUUUUCCGGAUGCACACCAGCUUCUUUAUUUUACAAAUGGCCACAAUUAUGGAGGUACAUAUGUCCAAAUUUGUCCUGAAUAUUCUUUGGACCCUGUCUCAACUUGCCCAAAAUCAGCCUAAUUGCCUUCUACCCAUUGCCGCCCUGCCACCUCCUGCCACUCUCCCAAUCAACUUCAAACUGGUGGUGCAUUUCGCCCCCUUGGAGUUAGUCGGAACCUUUAUUGUUGUUGUGCACAGGACUUGCACAGGACGCCCUUAGAUGCCCCUAGGAUACCACAUCGGAGGAUCCGUCAGGAGUGACAUCAGGUCCAGAGUGUUCAGUUAUCGAUGAAAAACUGGC